AUGGAUCAAGUGCUACUCGAAGCGCCAUUUGACCCUUUACGCCGCCAGAUGAAUUCAGUCCUCCUGACCAUCGACCUGACCAAAGCUGUCGCCGACGAGGCCAUUGAGCGAAACGACUCCAUCGUCGUUGCGUACCAUCCGAUCAUCUUCAGAGGUCUGAAGAGCUUAACGUUGAAAGAUACUCAACAGCAAAGUCUGCUGAGAUUAGCAUCUGAAGGCAUUAGUGUCUACAGUCCACACACCGCUGUUGACUGUGCCAGAGGAGGUCUAGGAGAUUGGCUUGCCGACAUUGUCACGGGGACACCAGCUGAUCCGGACGAUCUCGAAGAAGCACCUACAGAUGGAGAUGUCUCACCCGUCAAAACGCCUCUCGAGGGCCAGAGCAUCCACGAGACCGCUGCGGAUGGCCAGACCACAUUGGACGUCAAACGACCAACCUACAUGCUACAGCACCACCCGUCUCAAUUAUUACUCAAGGAGAAAGCUCUCAAGCUCGCCAGCAAGCAGCAUAAACGCUACCCCAUCCAGGCGACCAAAGUCGAGGGCUACCCAGGCGCAGGAAUGGGACGAAUAGUCCGCUUCUCACAACCAGUACCCCUACCCGACAUCAUCGACAGGAUAGGUCUAGGCCUAGGCAACCCUAGAGGCUUCCCGAUAGCCAUCCCACAAGGCAAGCAGGCGAGUGACAUGAUGAUCAGCAGUAUCGGCAUUUGUGCGGGUAGUGGUGGCCAUAUGUUCAGCGAGAUGGACAAAGCUGGCGAGGAGGUCGAUCUGCUGUUCACUGGUGAGCUGUCGCAUCAUGAGGCUCUCGCUGCCAUUGAACAGGGAAAGUGUGUGAUAUGUUUGUUCCAUAGCAAUACUGAGCGUGGCUUCUUGCACAGCGUGCUUAAGCCGCAGCUUGAGAACACUAUUGCUGCCGAGUGGGACCGUAUACGUAGCGAAGAGCGGGCGAAGGAGGGACUGAGCGAUGAGUUCUUGGAGGCGUUGAACGAUGACCACUUUGAUGUGCAAGUCAGUGAGAUUGAUCGGGAUCCUUACGGGGUCAUGAUCAGCAAGUCUGAGCUGGGAUGA